UUUCUCAUGUAUUGAGGUCUUAGUGGAUUUUUUUUCUUUUUUUUUUUUAAAGAAGUAAAUACUUCUUUAAUCUGUAGUGUAAUAUAAGGGGGGUUGAAGGCCCAUGUAUAAGGGGUAAAACAGUCCAGUUUUCCAGCGUCACUUCGCUUUUCUUCACACUCUCUCCACCUUCCUCUCUCUCUCUCCUUCGCCUCCUCUCUCUCUCUCUCUCUCUCUCUCUCUCACACACACACACACACACACACACAUUUUUUCCCCUCCUCUCCCCACUCGGUGUCUCGUAGUUUAAAAUGGCGGCGUUGAGCAACGCCGAGUCUCCACCGGCCGUCUUUAACGGAGAGCCGAUGGCGCACGACGCGGAGCGGGAGACGGAGCCGAGCCCGGGACUGGAGGCUCUGGGCGCUGGGUUCGGCUCGGUGUGCACGGCGUGUUCUGCGUCCGCCGAUGCCGAGCAUCGCCACGACAUUCCCGAGGAGAUAUGGAACAUCAAACAGAUGAUUAAGCUGACUCAAGAGCACAUAGAGGCACUGCUGGACAAGUUUGGUGGUGAACACAACCCUCCAUCCAUAUACCUGGAGGCUUACGAAGAGUACACUAGUAAACUCGAUGCAUUACAGCAGAGGGAGCAGCAGCUGCUGGAGGCUAUUGGGAACGGUACAGACUUCUGUUCCUCUCCCACUUCAGCACCACUGGAAAUCAGGUUGGGGGCGGCACCUAGCACUGCUGCAACCCCAAACACCUUGGCGGUGUUGCAGACCCCAACUGACGCAACCCGUGCGAACCCACGUUCACCUCAGAAGCCCAUCGUCAGAGUCUUUCUGCCCAAUAAACAGAGGACGGUGGUUCCAGCACGCUGUGGAAUGACUGUAAGGGAUUCGUUAAAGAAAGCGCUGAUGAUGCGAGGUCUGAUCCCAGAAUGCUGUGCUGUCUACAGGGUUCAGGAUGGAGAGAAGAAACCCAUUGGCUGGGAUACAGACAUUUCUUGGUUAACUGGGGAGGAGCUUCAUGUUGAGGUUUUAGAGAAUGUUCCUCUGACAACUCAUAAUUUUGUGAGAAAGACCUUCUUCACACUGGCCUUCUGCGAUUUCUGCCGGAAGCUGCUUUUCCAGGGCUUCCGCUGCCAGACAUGUGGCUACAAAUUCCACCAGCGCUGCAGCACUGAGGUGCCGCUCAUGUGCGUCAACUACGACCAGCUGGAUUUAUUAUUGACAUCCAAGUUUCUGGUUCACCACCCAAUCACACAGGAGGAGGUGUCAUCAGAGGGCACCACCCCUGUGUCAGAGGUGUGUCCAUCUAUCCCUCCAUCUGACUCCAUUGGGUCCCUGUGCCAUCCCACCGUGUCCCCGUCCAAAUCCAUUCCCAUUCCGCAAAGUUUCCGGCCAGGGGAGGAAGACCACCGCAAUCAGUUUGGCCAGAGAGACCGCUCUUCCUCAGCCCCCAACGUCCAUAUCAACACAAUCGAGCCAGUCAACAUUGAUGACUUGAUUCGUGAUCAAGGUUUACAGAGGUCUGACGGAGGCUCCACUACUGGACUCUCGGCCACGCCCCCCGCUUCCCUACCUGGUUCCCUGACCAAUGUGAAGAUGCCACAGAAGUCGCCGUGCCAACAGCGGGAGCGCAAGUCGUCAUCCUCAUCCGAGGAUCGCAAUAAAAUGAAAACUUUGGGCCGACGGGACUCCAGUGAUGACUGGGAGAUUCCAGAAGGUCAGAUUACUCUGGGCCAGCGGAUAGGAUCUGGCUCGUUUGGAACUGUCUACAAGGGAAAGUGGCAUGGUGACGUGGCAGUCAAGAUGUUGAAUGUCACUGCUCCAACUCCUCAACAACUGCAGGCUUUUAAGAAUGAAGUAGGGGUCCUCAGGAAAACUCGCCACGUCAACAUUCUGCUCUUCAUGGGCUACACCACCAAGCCACAGCUGGCCAUCGUGACACAGUGGUGUGAAGGCUCAAGCCUCUAUCACCACUUACACAUUAUAGAGACCAAGUUUGAGAUGAUCAAACUAAUCGACAUUGCUCGCCAGACAGCCCAGGGGAUGGACUAUCUACAUGCUAAGUCUAUCAUUCACAGAGACCUGAAGAGCAACAAUAUCUUCUUGCAUGAUGAUCUGACGGUUAAGAUCGGGGAUUUCGGUCUGGCUACAGUGAAGUCACGCUGGAGUGGAUCACACCAGUUUGAGCAGCUGUCAGGCUCAAUCCUGUGGAUGGCCCCUGAAGUUAUACGGCUACAGGAUAAGAACCCGUACAGCUUUCAGUCAGAUGUCUACGCUUUCGGUAUCGUCCUGUAUGAGCUCAUGUCUGGGGCGUUGCCGUACUCCAACAUCAACAACAGAGACCAGAUCAUAUUCAUGGUGGGCCGAGGUUACCUCUCCCCUGACCUGAGCAAAGUGCGCAGCAACUGUCCCAAAGCCAUGAAGAGACUCAUGGCUGACUGCUUGAAGAAGAAAAGAGAGGAGCGACCUCUAUUCCCUCAGAUCCUAGCCUCUAUUGAGCUGCUGGCACGUUCACUACCCAAAAUCCACCGCAGCGCCUCAGAACCGUCCCUCAACCGCGCUGGCUUUCAGACAGAAGACUUCAGUCUGUAUGCCUGCGCGUCGCCAAAAACACCUAUUCAGGCAGGAGGCUAUGGGGAGUUUUCAGCAUUUAAGUAGUGCUCUCGACUCAAACACUCAUCCCUGGUCACUUUUUCCAGACGUCUUGUGUUCUACAGUGGGGUUCAUCCUUUAAAAAAAAAACGAAAAAAAAAACAAGCAAAAACACCUAGUUUCAAAGAAUGUGCUGGUCUUUUUUUUUUUUUUUUUUUCUCUUUAUCCAAAAAGCAAUGAUAUUGAUGGAAUUCCUAUUUAAAAAAAAACAACAAAAACUUUCAGCAUUGCGCCUGGAAAAAUGACCACAACCCAAAACCAGGAGUGUUUGUAUUCUACGGAAAAAAAUGGAGGACGACCACCGGAUCUAUGAAGAGAACGAAUGAAGGAAAGGCUUACAAUUAAUGAAGGGACCUUGAUGAUGCCCCGCCCACUCUUCCCAUUGUUACAAUUUAGCGCUGGCGAAUCAGAGCACAGGACCAACAUUUAGACAGGUGGUGUGAUUGUGGAGAAUAGCGUGCCCUGCCCUGCUAUGCCCCGCCCUGCCCUGCCCUGCCCCGCCCUGCCCUGCCCUGCCCUGCCCCGCCCACUUCAUUGCUCAUUUGAGUGGUGUGAUUAAAGGUUCAGGUUAAAACCAGGAGACUUGAAUGUCAUUUAGAGACUUUUUUUUUUUUUUCUGCUUUUUACUGACUGUGUAACAUUUCUGUUGGCCGGAGCUGGCAACUUUUUUUCUUUAUCAAUGUUUUCUUUAAGUUUCUUCUUUUGCUUUUCAGGAACAUGCACAGCGCACAUUCAGCACAUUUCUUAACUUAAAUUAUCAAAACGCCUGACUCUUUUCUGAGUUAUUCAAUGAAGAGAAGCUUAUAUUCUAGGAAGGGUUACUGUGCUUAUUUUCAGUUAGAACUGAUUUCUCUUUGUUUUUCCUCCAUGUUCAUACUCUGUUAGUGUGAACUGAAGCUCAUUAUCACACAACUGCACCUGAAACAUUGUGUUCGUAUUUUUUGUUUAGUUUUUUAAAGAUAAACCUUCAGUGCCAUUUUUCCAUCAAUUAAACAAGCUGCUUAUUUGUGGGGUUUUUUUUUUUUUUUUGGUGAAUUAAGGGGCGUGUUGGGAGCAAAAAAAAAAAAAGGACUGUUGAUUCAGGAUCAGGUUAUGAAUAGCAGGUGCUGAUUCUCGAUCAGCAUGUUUAGCUGCACACUGUAGAUCUUUUGCGUCGUGUCUGAAGCAUACGUCUACUCUGCUGCUACACUCACUGUGAGGUGGUCGUGUAAAAUGUUGCACUCGCAGAUCGUCCCCAGGCAAAUUCUAAGCUUCAUCUCUUUUCUUCCCUGGCUUCGAUUUCAGACGGCAAUGGAGGCAGGCCAUCCUUGGAGAGCAAACGUUUGAAGUUUGAUACGUCUUCAUUCCGGCGUGUUUGUUAUUAAAGUGGUUGUGUUUUUUGUUUUGUUCGUUUCCAUGGACAGGCAGGCCUGCGAAAAACUAGAUUUAUUUAUGUAGUUUUAAUUUUAUUGUGUGUGUGUGUGUGUGUGUGUGUGUGUGUGUGUGUCGGGAGUGCGUUUCCUCUUCACCUGUUGGAGAGCGUUCUUUUUAAGUGUUUGUGUAAAUGGAUGAUAAGCUGUGUGUCCUUUGCACUUUUCUAAAGCAGAUUGAUGCAAACAAGCAAUUUGCCUUUCUAUGGAGGGAACAUUUUGUCCAUCCAUAGAGUGUUUAAAGCAAGAAAAAAGUCACAAACGAAACAGGAUUUAAAAGUCGCUACACAUUAGGAGAGAUGAAAUUUGGCCCAAGAGUAAAAGGUAAAUAGAAAAAUUGUGAUGGUGCUGAUUAAAGCUUUUGGUUGGUUAUUUCUGAUAUGAGAUUUAAAGAUCGUAGCUCUUUCUGCACUUGUGUUACCCGAGACUUCACCUUUUCUCAGUGUCUCAGUUAAAAGGUGCAGAUUCAUUUAAUGGUCCUCAUAAAGAUUGAUUGAAGUCUACUGAUUCUUCUGAUUGUGAUUCUUGCACUCUGUUACAUAGUAACGUACAAGGACGUGUACCUAACGGCCUGUUUUGGUUUUGAAGGAUCUGAUUCUCUCUCGUUCUGUAAAAUCAUUAGGCAGAAAGCAUCUACAGGGAUUCUGUUGGAUAGGACCUGCUUGUUGCCCUGAUACAUUUUGAGAAAUUUAAACAGACUCAUUCUUGCCCACAUCACCAAGCACUGUCGACCUUCAUUUCAGUGUACACAACGUGGCAAGUUUUUAUCGCGCUGUAUUUAUUUUCAAAAGUUUCAUGUUUUAUAUGAGAAUGUUACUAAACAGGUAUUUCUUUCACAUGAUUGCGCUCUGAUCAUGACACACUUUUUUCCUGUUAAGGGCCUAAAAAAAACACAUUUCAACCUCUCUAUAUCCUGGUUAGUUUUUUUUAGUUCGACUCCUAUGUAUCUCCUUUCUCUUCCUUUGCCUUGCCUGCACCUUACAGCCCUAGUGUAAAUGAAUUCAACCCGAGAACCAUCCUAGAAGAUUUGGGAGACUCUUUUCACUUGUAAAUAGCUGUACAAAGAAAAUACUGUCUGUUUGCUAGGAGGCAUGGAGUUAAAACAAAACAACGAAACGAGUUAUACAAUGUUUCCAAUGAAGACAUAACGGUUAAGAAAAAGAUUUUGAUAGAUGAAACUCUUUAAAAAAUAAAAAAAAUCUGUGUACAAAUAUUUGACUGUAUAAUAUAAAAGGAGAAAGAGCUUAAUGUAUUUGUUGUGAAUAUGAAAAACUGAUAUAUUAAAGACGUGCAUGAAAACCUGG